AUGACAGGAAGCGAUGGCAGACGCGGCUUGCGCCAGGCUUACAAGGACAGGACCAAGCCCACGGACAUUCGUUUUAGCAACAUUAGUGCUGCCAAAGCUGUCAGCUAUGCCAUCAGAACCAGUCUGGGACCCAAAGGAAUGGACAAGAUGAUCCAAGCUAGCAAUGGAGAAGUAACAAUUACUAACGAUGGGGCCACCAUUUUGAAAGAAAUAAACGUUAUACAUCCUGCUGCAAAGAUGUUGGUAGAACUGUCCAGGGCACAAGACAUUGAGGCUGGAGAUGGAACAACCAGUGUAGUAGUCAUAGCUGGUGCUCUGUUGGAAGCUGCUGAACGUUUGCUUCAAAAGGAUAUUCAUCCAACUCUCAUCAGUGAGUCGUUUCAAAAUGGUGCUCACUUUGCUGUCAAUGUCUUGAAAGAAAUGGCAAAAUCCGUUGACAUGACCAAUUUACCCAUGUUGUAUAGCACUGCUAGUACAUCUCUUAAUUCGAAGGUCGUUUCGCAAUACUCAAAUGUUUUGUCAACAAUUGCCGUUAAUGCUGUACUCAAAGUUACAGAACCAGGCAAGGAAAAUGCUGUUGAUUUGAAGGAUAUCAAAGUUAUUAAGAAACUAGGUGGCACUGUUGAAGAUACAGAACUUAUCGAUGGCCUGGUUUUCACUCAAAAAUCUUGCAAUACUAAUGGACCAAAACGUGUUGAGAAAGCAAAAAUUGGUUUGAUUCAGUUCUGCAUUUCCCCACCAAAAACGGACAUGGACCACAAUGUAAUUGUCUCAGACUACUCACAAAUGGACCGAGUUCUUAAGGAAGAGAGGGCAUAUAUCCUCAAUAUUGUGAAACAAAUCAAGAAAGCUGGUUGCAACGUUUUGCUUGUGCAAAAGUCAAUACUGCGUGAUGCUGUGAGUGAUCUGGCUAUUCACUUCUUGGAUAAAAUUAAGUGUAUGGUCAUCAAGGACAUCGAGAGGGAAGAUAUUCCCUUUGUCUGUAAAACAUUAGGUUGUCGCCCUAUAGCUUCCCUUGACCAUUUUGUUCCUGAAAAUCUUGUUAAUGCCGAGCUGUGUGAGGAAAUCCAAACUGGCAAUUCCAAAUUUGUCAAAAUCACUGGAAUACAGAACCAAGGCAAAACUGUGACUGUAGUCGUUCGUGGUAGCAACAAGCUUAUUCUGGAAGAGGCCGAGAGAUCAUUGCACGACGCUCUCUGUGUAAUACGAUGCUUGGUAAAACAGAAUGCUAUCCUUCCUGGAGGAGGUGCACCAGAAAUUCAAAUGUCUCUACGAUUGGCCCAAUACUCCCGAACCAUGACGGGUGUCGAUUCUUACUGCAUCAGGGCUUACGCUAAUGCCCUUGAGAUCAUUCCGCUAACUCUGGCUGAGAACGCUGGCCUUAAUCCAAUCGCUACCGUAACGGAACUGCGCAAACGACACGCUAGCGGUGAAACCGAUGCCGGAAUCAACGUCCGCAAGGGUACGAUCACUCGGAUGUUCGAGGAAGAUGUAGUACAGCCUCUGCUCGUUACGGUUAGUGCGAUGACUCUCGCUACUGAGACCGUUCGCAGUAUUCUUAAAAUCGACGACAUUGUCAACACAUUCAAUUAAACUUCAUGAGAAGAUAAAGCUGUUAUUUUUUAAUAAAUACGCUAACACACUACACAAAUCUAAUUUUUAUGACACUAAAAUGGUACACACAGAAAAGUUCCAAUGAAAUGGAAAAGUAAUUCUAAAAUUGUAACUCGAGAUUUCAGUAACAAUAAAUUUGAUUUGAUACGUUA